GCCAAAUAAAAACCAAUCUUUCUUCUAUCUUCUCUCUUCUCUCUCUCAAUAUCUUUCUCCCUCUCUCUCUUUCUCUGGCACAACUAAAGUAGAGAUAUAGGGAGAGAAACUUUCGUUUGUGAGUGAUGGCAGAGAUAAACAAACAAAGCAACAAAUGGGAACAAGAGGAGGUUAGUGAUGAGAUGAAUAAUUGGGAAUUGGCUGAAGAAGAAAGUGUUGACUGGAGAGGGAGACCUUCCAACCCUACCAAACAUGGUGGCAUGAGAGCUGCUCUCUUUGUUCUUGGAUUACAAGCCUUUGAGAUUAUGGGGAUUGCAGCGGUAGGGAACAACCUUAUAACUUAUGUAAUAAACGAAAUGCAUUUCCCUUUGUCUAAAGCGGCAAAUAUUGUCACCAACUUUGUCGGCACCAUCUUUAUCUUUGCCCUCCUCGGCGGCUACCUCUCGGACGCUUUUCUAGGCAGCUUCUGGACCAUCCUCAUCUUCGGCUUCGUCGAGCUUUCUGGUUUCAUACUACUAUCAGUACAAGCACAUAUGCCCCAACUAAAGCCACCAAAGUGUAACCCACUGAUAGACCAAACAUGUGAAGAAGCCAAAAAGGCAAUGAUAUUCUUCAUGGCACUCUACUUGGUGGCUUUAGGAAGUGGCUGCGUGAAACCAAACAUGAUAGCUCAUGGUGCGGACCAGUUCUCUCAGUCGCAUCCUAAACAAUCUAAACGACUCUCAUCUUACUUCAAUGCCGCCUAUUUCGCAUUCUCAAUGGGCGAGCUUAUCGCUCUAACUCUCCUUGUAUGGGUUCAAACUCAUUCGGGCAUGGACAUUGGGUUCGGAGUCUCUGCUGCAGCCAUGACUUUGGGCCUCAUUAGCUUAGUCUCCGGUACUAUGUAUUUUCGUAACAAACGUCCACGUCGAAGCAUCUUCACUCCCAUUGUCCAAGUUGUUGUGGCUGCUAUAUUAAAAAGAAAGCUUGUGUCACCCUCUGACCCAAGAAUGUUUCAUGUUGCAAACGACGUCGUACCGUCCUCCACUUUACCACACACUCCUCGAUUCAGUUUCUUGGACAAGGCAUGCAUCAAAACCCAAGACACAAACACAAAGGAGAGUCCAUGGAGGCUCUGCACAGUAACACAAGUAGAGCAAGUAAAAACCUUAAUCUCACUUGUACCAAUCUUCGCAAGCACCAUCGUCUUCAACACCAUCUUGGCUCAGCUCCAAACGUUUUCAGUCCAACAAGGAAGUUCCAUGAACACUCGUCUCUCAAAUUCUUUCCACAUCCCUCCGGCUUCACUCCAGGCCAUCCCUUACAUAAUGCUCAUAUUCCUCGUCCCUCUCUACGACUCUCUCUUAGUCCCUUUUGCACGUAAGCUCACAGGACAUAACUCAGGCAUACCUCCAUUGACUCGGAUAGGGAUUGGACUCUUCCUCUCCACUUUCUCUAUGGUUUCAGCUGCCAUGCUCGAGAAGAAGCGUAGAGACUCUUCAGUUCUUGACGGUAAUAUCUUGAGUAUCUUCUGGAUCACGCCACAGUUCUUGAUCUUUGGGAUCUCUGAGAUGUUUACAGCCGUUGGAUUAAUCGAGUUCUUUUACAAACAAUCUGCAAAGGGCAUGGAAUCAUUCUUGAUGGCCUUAACUUAUUGUUCCUACGCCUUUGGGUUUUACUUCAGCUCGGUGCUCGUUUCGGUCGUAAACAAGAUCACUUCUACGUCGGUCGACUCAAAAGGGUGGCUCGGGGAGAACGAUCUGAAUAAGGACAGGCUCGAUCUGUUUUAUUGGCUUUUAGCGGUGCUUAGUCUCUUGAACUUUCUUAGCUAUCUCUUUUGGUCUCGUUGGAACAUUAAGUCUUCGAGAAGCAACAACACUAAUGUGGUGGGAGAUGAGAACAUAUAGCUUGAUGCAUAAAAUGUACAAUACAUAUCAUAUAACCUAUUAACAUGCAUCUCCUAUAUAUAAUUAAUAUAAAUAAAUUAUUGUCUUAA